AUGGAAAGCGGGUCAGGGGACAAGCCUGCUGGGGCAAGGGCCGCUGAGGCGGAGCUCGGGUUCGAGUCUGAUGAGACGCCGGCGGGGCUGCGCGAGGCGGUGCGCGCUUUGCGCGCGGACGUGGCGCGCUUCCAACGCGGUGUGGAGCUGCGAGUGGCCGAGGCGCUGGGUCUGGCUGGGCCCCUGGCGCGCACUGUGGCGGAGCUGGAGAGCGAACACGAGCGGCUGCGGGCCCACCUGGGGCGACUGGCGCGCCACGUGGAGGCGCUGGCGCGCGCCACCGGCCUGUCCCUGGGCGGCGGACCCGAGCUUGGGGCCGAGCCGGCGUCCCUGGGUCCCCGUGGGCCCCCGCGCUUUGCCAGCCACGCCGUGUUCUCGUUGUCAGGCCGUGGCCAGAGCCUGGAUCAGGAAGAAUGGGCUGAUUCAGAGGUAAAGAGAGUCUCCAGUGCCUCAGUUGUGGAGAACGGGCAUCAGGUGGUGGCUGAGGCCCCUGAGCCCCUUGAGCCCCACCCCCCAAGCCUGUCUCUUUGCAUGCCCCACCAGCCUGUCACUGCCGUCACCCGGGGCCCAGAGAAGAUUUCAGGGGAAGUUGUAUCCCCAAGCCUGACCUGCUCUGGGGCCCCCAUGGCCAGCCAGGGGCACAGCACAAGCCCCAGUGAGCCAGUGAAGACCUCAGGCCAGCCAGAGAAGAGCCUCAGGGUCACCAGGUCCUCCUCUGUCACCAGCUUUGGGAUGACCAGUGUCUUCGUCAACAAUGAAAGCUUCCAGCAGGCGACCACUCCCAAAUCGCCAUCCCCACCACUGCCAGCGGUCAGCCAUCGGCAGGGGGAGCGUCGCAGGGAGCUGGUGAGAUCCCAGACACUGCCACGGACCUCUGGGGCUCAGGCCCGCAAAGCGCUCUUGGAGAAAUGGGAACAAGAUGCUGGCAAGGGCCGAGGCGAGUCACGGGCCAAGCUCAAACGCUCACAGAGCUUUGGUGUGGCCAGUGCAAGCAGCAUCAAGCAGAUUCUUUUGGAAUGGUGCCGCUCGAAGACCAUUGGGUACCAGCACGUGGACCUCCAAAACUUCUCCUCCAGCUGGAGCGAUGGCAUGGCCUUCUGCGCCCUUGUCCACUCCUUCUUCCCAGAAGCCUUUGACUAUAACUCCUUGAACCCCAGUGAGCGGAAGAAGAACUUUGAGCUGGCCUUCACCAUGGCCGAGAACCUGGCUCAGUGUGAGCGCCUCAUCGAGGUGGAUGACAUGAUGGUGAUGGGCCGCAAGCCGGACCCCAUGUGUGUCUUCACGUAUGUGCAGUCCCUGUACAACCACCUGCGGCGCUUUGAGUGACAUCCCGGGCCUGCAUCCCCGGGGCCGCCCCAGAAGAGGCUGCAGCCCCUCAAGGUCAGUCCCUCCCAGGUGGGGACGACGAUGGUGGCGGCGCUCCUGACCUGGAGCAGGAGAAGAAAGGAUGCCAACAUUGGUGCUAUGAGAUCACCCCCUUCCCUGGGAGGGAACAGAAUGGGAAAGGCUGAAGUGGCCAUUGUCUUCUCAGGGCGCAUUUAGUACCACAUGCCUUUAUGGAAUCAUGCAGUGUGCCCCAAGAUGUGGGACCCCUCCCCUGAGUGCCCCAGGUUUCGGGGCCUGCUGUGACCUCAGUUCCAAGGCCCCCUCCCCUGAGUGCCCAAGAUGUGGCUGGGCUGCCCUCCCUGGGGGCCACGGGUGGGCGGGCUGGUCUCUUUUUAGAGGGCUGCCACAGCUGUUAAUGAUAUAAGGUGACCUGUGUCUCUCUGUCCAUAAAAGAUGUGCCCCCAGGCUC